UCCGGUGGGUUUUGUUUGUUAUGAAAUUCCAUGCAUCUUAUGUUGGCUUUGAAAUUCCUUGUAUUUGGUCAAAUUUAGAUGGUUAGAUUUAUUGCAACAGAGUUAAAAAGAAGGCCAAAACAACCUCCCCAGUUUUCUUAGAAGCCACGUUUCUCUCUCCAAACACCAGCAGUAUUUAUGGCCUUCUGCUCUUCACACUGCUUUUUUUUCUUAACAGCUCUCUAUCUUUCAUGGUACAAACUUUCUAGUUCCAUGGCUUUUGAUUUUCUUUUUCUCUCUCUUUUCCAUUUGUUUCCAGCUUUCCCGUAGCUUUCAUUCCAAUUCUUCAAUACCAAUUCACUUUGUAUUUAUUAUAUCUCACUACCUUAGUUAGAUUUGGAUAUCUCCAUAAGGGAUAUCAAGAAUUCUGAAAGUUAAAGAGCUGUUUGGUCAGAACCCAUUUGAAGUUUGAGGAAUCUAAGGACCUGGAUACAAUUUUUGAGGCUAAAGAUUGAAAGUUUUAGCUUGUUUUGAUCAAACCAGUUCCUGAAUCAGAGAGGUUUAUAUAGAAAACAGGGCUUUAAGUGAUGGAAAAUUAUUCUAAUCUUGUUGAGGAAGAUGAUCAAAUGGAAUUGCCUCCUGGAUUUCGAUUCCAUCCAACCGACGAAGAGCUGAUCACUCACUAUCUCUCCCAGAAGGCACUUGAUGGCGACUUCUCUGCUAGGGCUAUUGCAGAUGUGGAUAUGAACAAGGUUGAGCCUUGGGAAUUACCAUGGAGAGCGAAAAUAGGGGAGAAGGAGUGGUAUUUUUUCUGUUUGAGAGACAAGAAGUACCCAACUGGUCUGAGAACAAAUAGAGCUACUGCUACUGGCUAUUGGAAAGCCACAGGAAAAGAUAAGGAAAUUUUUCGAGGAAAAUCUCUGGUUGGGAUGAAGAAAACCCUUGUUUUCUACGAGGGGAGAGCUCCAAAAGGAGAAAAAUCCAACUGGGUCAGCCAUGAAUAUAGAUUAGAGGGAAAAUUCUCUCUCCAUAACUUGCCCAACACAGCAAAGAAUGACUGGGUGAUUUGCAGGGUCUUCCAUAAGAGUUCUGGAGGGAAGAAAGUCCAUAUUUCAGGGUUAGGGAAAUUCAAUUCUGUGGAAAAUGAAAUGAUCCCUUCUGUUCUUCCACCAUUAACAGACUCUUCACCUUCAGUUCACGUGCACUGCUUCUCCAAUCCCAUUGAUGCUGAUCAGAAAAACCAGGAAGAGAAAAUCAAUUACUUCAGCAAUCCUCUUUUCUCUGUCCCUUCAAAUCCAUCAGAAAUUUUCCCAAGAAUUUCUGUUUCAGACUCAUUUCCUUUGGCUCAAUCUGUUCCAGUUCAAGGAAACUGGCAAUACCCAGUGGGUUCAUUUCCAUCCCAAGACCAGGCAAUUCUGAGGAACUUGAUUCAAAAUUAUGGUCCAAACAUGAGUCAGAGUUUCAAAACAGAGAAGGAAAUGAUUAGUGUCUCUCAAGAAACAGGUUUAAGCACUGAUAUGAACACUGAAAUCUCUUCUGUUGUGUCAAAUCUUGAAAUAGGCAGGAACUCAUUUGAAGAUCAAGGGGCUCCAUCAACUUCAGCUGGACCAUUAGAUCUUGAUUGUAUUUGGAAUUACUGAAUUUCCUGUUUCAAAAAAAAAAAAAAUUGAAGAAAUUUUAAUCUGCUUGCAAGGGUUGCGUACAUUUGAUCAUCCCCAGACUCUGCAGCGGCAGUUUCCGUGCACUGGGCCGGCCCAGAGACAGUGCAGGAACACUAGCGUGCGUUACUAUUAUUAUUGUGUCUGUAACUCUAUAGAUUUCCUCGUGUCAAAAGGAAUAUUGAUGGUGAAAAAAUCUAUGUAUUACUUAAAUUUAUUCUCUUUUGUUAAAAAUUUUCUACCACUUA